GUUUUUGUAUUACCCAAAAUCUCUACAAAGUGAAACACUGAGCUGAGGAUCUCGCUCUCUCCUCGAUUGGUAUCUCUCCCUCCGUCAUUCCUCAGAUCUGAUCGUCCGCCGGUUUUCACGAUGCCGUCUUCCUCCUCCGCCGUCGUCGUGUUUCUUCUUCUCGUUUCCCUUCUCACUCCUACGUUCGCAUCCGAUUCAGAUCACAAGUAUCAAGCCGAUGAGCAGGUUACCCUGUGGGUGAACAAAGUUGGCCCAUAUAACAAUCCACAAGAAACAUACAACUAUUACAGUCUUCCAUUUUGCCGCCCAUCUGGAAACAAUGUUCACAAAUGGGGUGGUCUUGGUGAAGUUCUUGGUGGAAAUGAGCUGAUUGACAGUGAGAUUGCGAUAAAGUUCUUGAAGAAUGUCGAUAGAAAUGUCAUCUGUCCGCUUGAACUCGAUGAAGCUAAGGUCAAGCAUUUCAAAGAUGCAAUUGAAUCUAGCUACUGGUUUGAAUUUUUUAUGGAUGAUCUACCUUUGUGGGGCUUUGUGGGUGAGCUGCAUCCUGACAAAAAUAGUGAAAACGGCAAGCAUGUCCUCUACACACAUAAGAACAUUGUUGUCAAAUACAACAAAGACCAGAUCAUUCAUGUUAAUCUCACUCAAGACAACCCAAGGCCAUUGGAAGCAGGGAAAAAAAUGGACCUGACGUAUUCUGUGCAAUGGAUUCCAACAAAUGUCACAUUUGCUCGCCGCUUUGACGUCUAUCUUGAUUAUCCGUUCUUUGAACACCAGAUCCACUGGUUCUCCAUCUUUAACUCGUUCAUGAUGGUUAUUUUCCUCACUGGUUUGGUCUCAAUGAUAUUGAUGAGGACUCUCAGAAAUGAUUAUGCAAAGUAUGCUCGAGAAGAUGAUGAUCUUGAGAGCUUGGAACGGGAUGUAAGUGAAGAAUCUGGUUGGAAACUUGUACAUGGAGAUGUGUUCAGGCCAGCAAGUAGUCUAGUUCUACUCUCAGCUGUAGUUGGCACAGGUGCACAGUUGGCGUUACUGGUUCUUCUUGUCAUAUUAAUGGCCAUCGUGGGAACUCUCUACGUUGGGAGAGGAGCAAUCGUCACAACUUUCAUAGUUUGCUAUGCUCUGACUUCCUUUGUCUCUGGUUACGUGAGCGGUGGAAUGUACUCAAGAAGCGGGGGUAAACAUUGGAUCAAGUGCAUGGUCCUCACGGCUUCUCUCUUUCCCUUUUUGUGCUUCGGAAUUGGCUUUCUCCUAAACACAAUUGCCAUAUUCUAUGGAUCUCUUGCGGCUAUUCCUUUUGGGACAAUGGUGGUUGUGUUUGUAAUUUGGGGGUUCAUUUCCUUCCCCUUAGCCCUCCUCGGAACGGUUGUUGGAAGAAACUGGAGCGGUGCUCCUAACAAUCCAUGCCGUGUGAAGACCAUUCCACGUCCAAUCCCUGAGAAAAAAUGGUACUUGACUCCAUCAGUUGUCUCCCUGAUGGGGGGUUUACUACCCUUUGGAAGCAUCUUCAUUGAGAUGUACUUUGUCUUCACAUCCUUCUGGAAUUACAAGGUCUACUAUGUGUAUGGAUUCAUGUUACUGGUUUUUGUGAUUCUCGUCAUAGUGACGGUGUGUGUGACAAUUGUGGGUACAUACUUCCUGCUGAAUGCAGAGAACUAUCACUGGCAAUGGACUUCAUUUUUCUCUGCUGCUUCGACGGCUGUCUAUGUCUACUUAUACUCCAUCUAUUACUAUUACGUAAAGACCAAGAUGUCCGGAUUCUUCCAGACAAGCUUCUACUUUGGAUACACCAUGAUGUUCUGUCUCGGCCUUGGAAUCCUUUGCGGAGCUGUUGGAUACUUGGGAUCAAAUCUGUUUGUAAGGAGGAUCUACAGAAACAUCAAGUGCGACUAGAAGAGGUAAACGGGAAAAAAAGAGAGAAAACAAAUCCAAUUAGAAGAAAGCUUCUUAUGAGGUUAUAUAUUAUAUUGAAGGAACAUAAUAUAUUCUUCAAUGGGGGCUUUUUGUCUCUUCAUCUUCUUUUUUCUUCUUCUUUUUUUUUUUUCUUUCCCAUUUUGGUAAGUGAAUUGUUCUCUUUAGAUUAGAAUCGAGUGGGUGUACUAUACUACUACUACCUGUAAUCUUUUUCCCUAUCUUUUUUUGGUUCAUAUUUACUUCACCCUCACCUAGAUCAUUGAAUAUGUUGUCCUCUAGGAGCAAUUGGAUGAAUUAUUGUCAUGUGUUGGGACUUGGGAGACGUUAACUCUC